AAGAUGCCGGGUCUGGUCGACUCAAACCCUGCCCCGCCUGAGCCUCAGGAGAAGAAGCCGCUGAAGCCUUGCUGCGCUUGUCCGGAGACCAAGAAGGCGCGCGAUGCGUGUAUCAUCGAGAAAGGAGAAGAACACUGUGGACAUCUAAUUGAGGCCCACAAGGAAUGUAUGAGAGCUCUGGGAUUUAAAAUAUGAAAUGGUGGUCUGCUGUGUGAAUAAAUAAUUCCUGAAGAAUGAAGAAGAUUAAUUUUGGGAGUUCUUUGAUGAACUUUGAUAUGUGGAAAAAGUAUUUAUAAUUUAUUUUUAAAAGAAAGUAAA